UUUUCGCUCUCUCUCUCUUCUCUAGUCUCCCUUCUCCUUUCCUUCCUCUCUCUCUCUCUCUCUCUCUCUCUCUUCAGAGCAACACUUCGGAGAAAAUUCACGGACAGACUUCCUCUCUUCGGCUUCUUCCUUCAUCUUCAAGUCUCUCUUAUUCUUGCCUUUUGUUUUCUGGGUCGCUCCAUAUAAGCUCUGAUCGGCUUCUUUCUUGUUAGUUCUCUCAAGAUCUUGCUGAAAAAUAAGAAUCCAUCGUUCAAGAAAAGAGUAACCCUUUGAAGAUCUCUCUCAAGCCUUGCUAGGUUUUCAUUGGGCUCAUCAUUCCUUGGUCUGACAGAAAACAAGUUAUGUAUAAGUAUCGGUAGGAUCGAACUCUUGUUGCGGCAAUCUUUCUCUGCUGUUCAUUGGGUGAUUUGAAGGUGAAUGCAGCCUUUUUGCCGAUCGAUUCUCUCUCUGAAGUACAUAUAAUUCAAGCUCAGGCAAGUUCACACACGCAUGUAAAACCAGCAAGUAAUUUGAUACCGGUAAGCCAACCUUCGAAAACCAUGUGUUUUUCGACGUGGAUUUGAAGGGGGGGAAAAGUUGAUUUCUUUUUGUCUAGCGGAAUUCAAGAAGAGUGGAUGUGGGUAUGAUGGCAGGUUUUGAGCCAAACCCAAACUCUCGCUACUUCCACCAACUCUUGAGACCUGAACUGCACCUUCAGAGACCUUCCUCGAUCCCUCCACAACACUCUGAUCCCAAAGACUCGCCCCAAAAGGACCCCAAGUCCGCCGACAGCGAGGGCGGCACCAAUAGCGGCUCCGGCGGCCCCACGCGCCGCCCUAGGGGUCGCCCUCCUGGCUCCAAGAACAAACCGAAACCUCCGAUCAUCGUCACUCGCGACAGUCCGAACGCCCUCCGGUCGCAUGUCCUUGAAGUUUCUUCAGGUUCGGACAUCGUCGAGAGUGUGACCAACUACGCCCGCCAGAGGGGAAGAGGCAUCUGCGUGCUCAGCGGCGGGGGGACUGUGGCAAACGUCACGCUCCGGCAGCCGGCGGCCCCCACCGGGAGCGUGGUGACACUGCACGGGAGGUUCGAGAUACUAUCCCUCACGGGAACGGUGCUACCGCCCCCUGCGCCGCCCGGAGCGGGAGGGUUGUCGAUAUUCUUGUCGGGCGGCCAGGGCCAGGUAGUGGGAGGGAGCGUGGUGGGGAGGCUGGUGGCGUCCGGCCCAGUGGUUUUGAUGGCUGCAUCCUUUGCUAACGCUGUUUUUGAGAGGUUGCCAAUCGAAGAAGAUGACGGGCCCGUCCAAGUCCAACAGACGGCGUCUCAGUCGUCUGGUGUCACCGGAGGUGGACAGACAGGCGAUGGGAGCGGAGCAGGCGGCGGUGGCAUUGGAGGCGGAGCCGGUGGCGGUGCUUCAAUGUUUAAUGUGGGAAACUUCCCAUUUUCAGGUGAUCAGUUGUUUGGUGGAUGGGGAGGAAAUGCUGCUAGGCCUCCAUUUUAGCCUGGAUUAUCAAGGCAGACCUCGAUAAGGUUGUUGGCAGCUGGUGUUAUAACUAUUAUUAGUGUGACAUGGAGUAAACUAUGAAUGACAUCAGGUCUUCUCUCU